UUUCGCCUCUCUCCUAAACUGUUUCUCGUCGCCGUUUGCGCUCCGCAGUGCCGAUAGUGACGCAUGCUCCACUUUGAUACUUUUGACGCGUGGUUGACCAUCGAUGGGCAGGAGGCGGUCGAGUACGGCGUCGAGACCGCCGCCGACGAGAAGAAGGUCACCUGCUGGAUCGCGUCGCAAUUAGGCAAGACUUUCGCGGUCCAUGUGAGAAGCAACGGAUAUCUGGGCACCAUUGCGGUGUGCACCACGAUGGACGGAAGAGAUACUGGCGGGCGGGGCAUGCCCGGCGGGCUGCGGACGCCUUCGACGGUGUGCAUAGAUGGAGUAUCGGGUGAAAAGGAUAAGAGACCGUUCAUGUUCUCAUCCCUAGAGCUCUCCGACGACGAUCGUCUCUUGGGGCAGUCGUCCGUGCAUCAAGACCUGGGCCGCAUUGACGUUCAGCUCAUUCCUGCCCUCUUCUCGAAUCCAGUUCCCCGUCACGAUUACGUUUCGCUCGAGGCACUCAAGAUCCACGAACGGUCGAAAAAGGCAGUCACACAGCACGUCUCGUACGUCUGUCCUCUGUCUUUGCUGCUGCUGCGUACUGCUGAGACUCUGCACGUCUAUGAAGACUGGGACAGUCUACGGAUCUACCCGUGCCGUCUCGAUUUGUCGCUGCGCACCGUCUCGGAGCGGAUCUGGUCAAUUUCUCGUUCAGGUAUCGACCCCUCGGUGCGUGCUGCUCAGUGGCGCUUGUGUGCACAUGACUUUGGAAAAAGCCUGACUCCCAGCAAAGAGGUCUUGCGCGCCAACGGCAUCGCGCCGCCGGCAGUCAGACCCCCGUCGCCUCCGGCGCGCGAGGUGAAACCUCUCCGAGAUACGAACUCUGUCGAGGUGAAGGACGAGAAGAAGAUGGAAGUCAAGCGUGGCGCAGGCGACGUGAUCGAUCUCACCGUCGACGAUUCUCCGCCGAAGAAGAAGGUCAAACGAGAGAACAAAGCCCACAUCGUGGGUGAAGUGAUCGACCUUACUUGAGACCGAAACGGCGCCAUCUGUCGUGAUAUAUCUGUCCUGAGAGUAAUUCCUUCGAAUAAUCCUUAAAUUCUUAAAAUCUACGAUAUAGUUGUCUCAUACAAUGCAUUGCAAUAUUAGCUGCAACUGUCAAGCAGAUUGGUAACCAAUCUUAUCAAACAUUUCCGGUCUGAAAACGGAGCAAAUUCGAAAGCCAUGAUUUUGAUAUUGUCCCCGGCUUAAGUACGAUUAUAUACAUACAUUUUACGAGAGAGAGAAAAGAAACCAGCCCCUCAAACGGUGAACUGGCCCGUGAGCUUCAAGUUCCUCGAGCUCGCUCCCACGCUCACUCCGAACGUACCCGAGGGCACGACCCAGGUCUGGCUCGGCACGUCCCACACGCUCACAUCCUUCACCCGCAGCGGGAUCUGCACACUCGUGCUGCGCCCGGGCUCAGCACCUUCGUGCGCGAGAACCCGCGCAGCACCCGCGGCGGCUGCCCGGACCCGGCCGGGAACGUGAGGUACAGCUGCGCCACCUCGGUGCCGGCGGCCGAUCCCGCGUUCUUGACGCUGAACGACACGGUCAGGAACGUGUCGUACAGAUGCGCGGGCCCGCCGAUCGGGGCGACGGGCGAGGACAGGGCGCCGGAGGCUGUGCUGGUCGGCGAGGCUGACUUGGAU